AUGGAGCCAGCAGACCUUAUAGGUGGGCCCCUGAGGGCCCCUCUCACUCAGCUCCGACCUGGAACCAUGGAGGGAAGCACAGUGUCCGACUUCAGCAUCGAGCGCAUCCUGUCCCCGCAGCUCGGACGCAGACCUCCGGUGAAGGACUUCUCUCCGGGCCGGUUCCCCCAGGGCGUCGCGGCCGGGGGCCUGUGUCCGGGCCCCGGGGGCCUGUGUCCGGGCCCCGGGGGCCUGUGUCCGGGCCCCGGGGGCCUGUGUCCGGGCCCCGGGAGCCUGCAGCCUCCAGCUCCGGUACCGGCCUCAGGCUGCCUGCAGUUCGGAGGGAUGAGCUUCGGGGACACGUUUUAUUACGGAUCUGGAUUCAGCAGAUUUUAUCCAAACUCCGGAGUGCUGGUUCACUUCAGCAGCAGCGAGUCCGCAGUGGAUGCUCAGCCGUUGCCUGGUUACCACGGGCACCCUCACUCCAGCGUGCCCGCGCAGCCGCCGCCGCGCCAGAAGGCCCGGAUGAGGACGGUGUUCACCGAUACUCAGACCAAACACCUGGAGGCGCUGUUCGAGACCAGCGACUACCCGGCGGUGGAGGCGCGCGCCGGGGUGGCGAGGAGCACGGGACUGAGCGAGGAGACGAUCCGGGUUUGGUUUAAGAACCGCAGAGCCCGAAGGAAGAGGCAGCGCAGCGGGUCAAAGGUCAAAUCCCCUUAACCCUGCAUCGAGGCCGAGAAGAAGCUCUUCACCUCCUACACCUGAACCCUGAGGUCAAACUCACCCUGCACCAGUGCCCUGCAGGGGGCGCUGUCCUCACGUCCCCAGGGGUCAAAGGUCAGCUGACCCG